GGAUAACAAGUACUCCAUCAAGGACCUUGAAACGAUGACUCAAGAUGAGGAUGAGAGUGUACGGGCCUUUCGGAUGCGCUUCCAGAAGAUCUCCGACGUGCUGAUGAAGAAGGGGAAGAUCUCAGAGGUCGAACAUUGUACUAUCUUCAUCGGACACCUAUCCAAAGGUAGACAAAAGAGUAUACUUAGAAAUCUUCCGCGCGACAAGCUUGACUUCCUAGAAGUCCUAAAGCUCGCGAUAAAGGCAGAGGCAGACGACUACAAGGACUUAGUGUGGAGAGGGAUGAGGAGACGUGACUUCUCUCUCUACAAGGAGUAUGCCACAGAUAGAUGCCCUGAUUUCAAGGACCUCCCUUGGUCGGAGAAGAGUGAAGCCGUGACCGAGGAAGUGAAGGAGACAAGGGACAUGGUAAAGGGAUUGACAAGACAGGUUACAGAGAUUGUGACAAGCACAGGAGCCAUGACUUACCGGGACAAACCUGGAGGGCCCUAUUCACUUCGUUGGGAUCAGAGGAACACCGAUUCCUGGAGGAGUGCCGAGGACAGAAAUCCUCGCACGCUGACUGAUUAUCGUACGAGGGAAAGGGAGAGAGACGAUGAGCCGUGGCGACGUAGGGAUGAUGAGAUAGACCAGGACCGCAGAGCUCGCGAGACGUAUGGGCGAGCUAGGAGGCUGGAUGAUUACUCGCGUAGCCCUCGUUAUGAGGCCGAUCGGGGUAGAGGCGACUCUAGAGGCUGGUGGGAGUCGGAUCAGGGCCAACGAGACGGAUACAGGGACUGCAGAUAUGAGAGAUCAGACCGGGAUGGAUAUAGGGACGAAAGAUAUGAGAGGAUGGAUCGAGAUGGCUACGGAGGUGGCAGAUAUGAGAGAGGAGGUCGAGACGUGGACCAACGGGACGACUCGCGCAGAUGGUAUGACCGCGGGGGAUACGAGAGAGAGCGGCGCGACGAUUCACGGGGGUGGUACAGCCGAGGAGAUCGGCGCGAUGAGACACGCAGGCGAUAUGACGCUGGGGACCGCCGAAACGAUUCACGGGAACGAUAUGAGUCAGGAGGAUCUGGGGGAGACCGCCGCAACGAUUCGCACGAUCGGAAUGAGAGAGGGGGAUAUGGCGCCUCAUCAGAGCCGUAUCCCAAGUCACCUGACUCCAGAGCGGCGAGAGGUACAACCUCAAGAGGCACGGACGACAGACCACCCACCCCUAGGAACUCUUGCGUCUACUGUAGAGGGGAUGAUCAUAUCAAGAGAGAUUGCCCGGACCUCAAACGGGCAAUAGAUGAGGGGCUUGUUGUGCUUGACGACCGCAAGUACGUCAAGCGAGCAGAUGAUCUGAGAGAUGUAUCGAUGUUCCCUUCGAUGAAGGAGAAUGUCGAGGCAAGGAGAGUAAAGCCGAGUAGAGGGAAGGAACUGGUCAGGAGUCAGAGCAUCAAGAUAACUUUUGAGGGGGAUAUAGCGACCACACCCAUAAGGGUGGCAGCCACCAAGUCCGCGAGAGGAUCUACAUCGAAGAAGACCGACACAGAUUACGUGAUGGCGGAGAAGGACGGCGGGCAGCAGAUCGAUGGAGGAGGUUAUUCUUUCGCCGCGAAAGCGGGGAGUAAAGAACCCAUGCAGUGCUCUAUUCUGGAGUACCUGGCGGCAUCUAAGCCAACUCGCAAUGAGUUACAUAUGAUCACACGAAAGACUCGCAUACCUCUAUCAGAGGAGGCUAAGGGGGCCCCUAAGGCUGAAGCUCCUACCGUAGCAGUAACGGGGGGGACUGCCAGAGCGGAUCGCAUGGCGACAGUCCUUCUUGAUGAGAUGGAAGGUGUGCCACCAGACAAGUUUUACAGACUUGGUAGUGGGGCCGUGGAGACGAUCAUAAACGAUGGAGCGGUACUAGAUGCUGUGAUCGAUAACGGCAGUGAGGCUGUCAUUAUAGACGAGGAUCUGGCAGUACAGGUUGGACUGGGCCUCGAUAGGUCAUACCAAUUCGAGAUAGAGACUGCUGAUGAGAGAAAGCAACAGAUCACUGGGGUUUGUCACAAGGCAGCCAUAGAGGUCCAAGGGGUACGAGUGACCCUGCCCGUCUUUGCGGUCAAGAACUGCAGCUCUGAUCUGCUCUUGGGAAGAACGUGGUUGAGCCAUGUGCAUGCGGUGACGAUAGAACGACCGGAUGGAAGCCAGACGUUGUCCAUUAAGAAGCUAGAUGGGACGAGGGUUAUGAUUGAGACGGUGGAGCCUCGGGAUCCAAGGAACAGAGCAGCUCUCGCAGUGGGAGCAAGAUCCAGUGAUCAGAUUAAGUCAUUACCUAUCUCUGGCCGCGCGGUACGAUUUCGCGAGAAGAAGUAUGGACCACUGCUCACAGAGGAAGAAGGUCGGAUCGUGGAAGUGGAAGAUUUAGGGGGUCGGCUGUUAGUGGACGGCAACUCGUACCCAAAGGAGACAGAUGAGGAAUUUGGUGAGGCCCUAUGGGGGGCUACCCGAGCGUCACAAGCGAGUAGCUAAAAAAGUUAAGCCAGCGGCAGUGGGCCGCGAGCGAUCUCCAUUGGAAGGGAUAUCGGAAGAAAAGAUCGCAAAAGAAAUCAAAGAAAGAAAGAAAA